AUGUCUCUCAUUGAUAUUUAUCAAUGCAUGCAGGUGAAUUGUGAUGAAGCCGGAAGAACCGUCAAGGUUAUUGAAGACGAGCCAUACUAUCAUGGAUUCAUGACACGAACUGAGGCUGAGAAAAUUCCCAAGAGAGAUGGAGAGUUCCUCGUUAGGAAGACGGACGUCGGUGGCCGCCAUCAUAUCGUGAUAAGCUUGAUGGAUUCCGGCGAAAUGAAACAUUUUCUGGUCAAGCGCACAUCUAAGAAACGCCUUUACUGGGUGUAUGAUUUUGCUUUCAAAACAGUGAGCGAUCUCAUACAGCAUCACCUGAGAAAUAGAGCACCAAUGACAGCCGACGGAAUCUUCCUAGAGAAACCGUGUCAGAAGAAAGUGUGGCAGCUUAAUCCCGAACAGAUAGAGCCGCAAGUAAAGAUAGGCGAGGGAGCCUUCGGUGAAGUGUACAAAGGAUUGUUGCAGGAUGGCAUAUGGGGUGCUCGAAUCCCGGUAGCUAUAAAAACCCUUCACUCAACAAACAUGACUACUGACGAUCGGAUUCAAUUCCUGCAAGAAGCAAACAUUAUGAGAGGAUUCAAACACGAGAACGUGAUUCGCUUGCACGGUGUUUGCACAUCAAAAGAACCGAUCAUGAUACCUAGCACGGUCGCGAAAGUGAACUAUGUGUACGGUGGUGCAAGAGGUAUGGCAUAUUUACAAAGCAAGGAAAUCAUUCAUCGCGAUGUAGCCGCGAGGAACUGCCUUCUAGGCGAAAAAGACGAAGUAAAAAUAUCCGAUUUUGGUCUGUCAUUUAUCGGGAAAACAUUGAAGGAAAAGAAGUUGGUUAAAGUCCCACUCAGAUGGCUAUCACCGGAAACCCUGAAAAAAGGCGUGUACAACACAAAAACAGACGUCUAUAGCUUCUCGAUAAUGAUCUGGGAGAUAUUCUCAUUUGGCCAGCUACCGUUCUACAAGUACGAAAACAAAGAGUUAAGAGUGUUAAUAAAGAGAAAAAGCUUUGAAGGGGUAGUUCCAUUCCGAGCUGUUCAGGCCACUCUGCCGACAUGUCUGUCCGAAAUUCCAGAAGAUAUGAAUAAAUUACGGCUGAGAUGUAUGCAUCCAGAUCCAGAUGUAAGACCGGAUUUCCACGAACUAGAAUCCAUUCUAGCUGAGAUGCCUGGAGUGAUUAAACCACAGCCACCGUCAUUGUUCAGUCAAGUCUUUACGGCUAUAAGCGAUUACAUCUAUGGCCGAGUUUACAAGGGACGUUUUCACUAUAGCUAG